UGUGUGUGCGUGUGUGUGUGUGUGUCAGUAAUAAGAAUGUUGACACUGGACUUUCCUGUCUCACGUGGACACCGUGCGACAUCACUUCCUUUACGACCCUCCUCUAUUUAAAGUCCGCCGCGGAGCCAGAGGGGCUUCAUCAGGGGAUUAAAGUCAAAGCCCUCGCACCCUUCACACCAGCAGCUCACCCACUAACCGAAUGGCCAUCUGGAAGGUUUCGGAUGUUUCCUUGAAGGUCCAUCCCGGCUAUAAAGGCUGAAGGCUGAACUCACUUUUGUCUGCAAUCAUCUGGACAGUUUAACUCUGAAAGUCCAAGACUUUUAAGUCUUUAUUCGUUCACUUUUGGAAACAGUUUGGAGACACAAACGGACUCAAGGAACUGCCACAACACAUUCUGCAAGAUCUUCAACUAAAGCAUACCACAUCCCUUCCGGUAACCUGUCAACAUGAGUAGCAGUGGGACCACCACGAUAACACCAAAGGAGCCACCGGCUUUCAAACGAGCGGUACGGAAAGUGAGAUGCGCCGCUAUGGUGGCCAACUUGGCCAAAAGCUGGCAGGGUUGGGCCAAUGACCACUCCGACAAGCAGGAUAGCAUCCCGACUGGCUGGAUGCCUUCGUCUAUUGAAGAAGAAGACAAAAAAGAGCGUAACCACGUGGUCAAACUCAGCAUCACCCCACGUGUAGUCAAGGCCGACGCCGGCGACGGCAGCGGGAGUCAGAUCCGGGCCUGUUCUGUGACCAAGACCGUCCAGCCAAAGCGCAGCGAGUGCAGCAGCAUCGAUUUGGUCAACGCCAUCCGAGGCAAGAUGGAGUCGGGUCCCGAGGAGAGCAAGCGAUUCCUGGGCAACGAGUCGCCGACAAGGCGGCGCCAGAUGAGAGCACUGCAGAGCGCAGGAGGAGGAGGAGGUGGAGGGAUUAUCGAAGGCAGGAAGCAGAUGCUCCAGGAGAAGAAGCCCGAGUCAAGGAGCAGCAGCGUGGACACAGAGGACAGCGGGCUGGGAGAGGAGGCCGGGCUGAGCGACAACGGCGAAACGAAAAACGAGCAGAGCGAAGUCAAGAAACCGACCAACAGGCCCAAGAUUAAGAUUGCUUCUCAGAACGACAUCAAAAACCGCUGGCAGCAGUGGUCCAAGCAGCACAUGGAAGGGCAGAAGCUCAACCCCUUCAGCGAGGAGUUUGACCACGAGUACGCCAUGGCCCAGCGCCUCCGCAAGGGCGACUCCGGCUACGGUCGACCGAAAGACGGCUCCAGGACUGCAGAGAGGGGCGACAGGGCCCAGAAACACAUCCACAGGGAGAUGGAGGAAAUGGUGUGGAUCAUCAGAGACAUGGCCUAUAAGGACAAAGAGGGGAGGACCGUCAUCAGCUUCGGCCGACUCUUUGACCGCUACGUGAAGAUCUCAGAUAAGGUGGUGGGCAUCCUGCUGCGCUGCCGCAAACACAAGAUGCUGGACUUUGAAGGGGAGAUGCUGUGGAAAGGACAGGACGAUCACGUGAUCAUCACACUGAGGGACUGAGGACAGACGCGAUGUCUUACGGACAUUCAUACACAUGUUUCGCAGAUAGGCGACACGUGGAGGAAAUGAUAGUUUCAUCAGUGAAAACAAUGAAAAAGUUUUAAAUUUUAAUGUACAUAAAUUAUUGAAAGGCAUAUGAGCGACACGCACAGUAGAGACAUUAGUUCUUCUCGUAGACCUGACAGAUCAUCUGCCGAAGGGAAGCUAUCUUUAGCAUGCUCACUAUGCUCGCCUUGCCGUCUAUGCUACACGUUGGAAGUCUCGAGAGUCCGACACAAUGCCAGUCAUGCUGGGGAAGCUUCACGCAGACGAUGGGGCUGAAGAAACUUCAGCUUCAUCUCAAAAUUCACAGCAAGACUCGACAGAGUGUGUGUUUUUGUCCUCUCGGGCUUUGAGUUCAUGGUGACAGGACAAAAAGACACGAAUCACACAGACAUGUGACCAAGAUUUGUUUUUCUCUUUUAAACUGAACUUUGUGUUUCUUUGUAAAGAAUGUUAUUAUAUGUGCAAUUUGUAAGA